ACGUCACGUGUGACGUGAUGCCCGUAACAUGGCGGAACGAGCGGUGUCUUCGGAUCCAGGGUAAGAAAGAGAGAGAGAGCAGAGAGAGCCGUAAAUACACUCAGCAUGAAGACACGUUUAGGACGAGUCUUCAGAGCACAGCUGAACUACUGUUAGUGUGGCUGACCGCAGUCUGGCGCGUGUUGUUACAGCUACAGAAGUCAGAGUGGCUCUGAACUGUUUGUCUUGUUUGUUAUUGGUGUAACAGUCAGUCAGUCAGUCAGUCAGUCAGUGAUGGAAACGGAACAGCAGCAGCUACAUGACAGUGUUUGGGACGUUUGGUCAGGGAGCGCUUUAGGAAAGUUUAUUCACUACCAGACCUGCUGUGUCAUUUGUUUAGCUUGCUUUCCUAGCCGUAGCUAACAGUUUAUCAGCAGAGGUGGAAAAAGAAACUCAGUGAAAGUAAUGUGUUGUGUAAAAAGGUUACUCAGUAAAAGGGGAAGUGUGUGGCUAAAAUUAUUUAAGUAAGUAAGUUAACGCAGAGCUAAAAUCCUCACAUUCUCUUGGCUUCAGACUGGCACAGCGUGUUCUGGUGUUUCUUCGUAUUCAUAGUCUCUUCUACGGUUUUUUCAAAUUCCUGGACACAGCCAUGAGGUCAUGGUGGAUCACCAGCUGGCUGCCAUCUUGGUGCCCCUCAUCUCAGUGCAAACUGAAGGAGGUAGAGGAGAGAAUGCUUCAGCCCCUCAAAAGCAAGUUUUCCAAGCAAUUUGUCCACAUAUCCAAUGACAACAAGCUGUGGACACUGGUGUUCGGCGGCGUGGAGAGUAUGACACCUCUGGUGCUGCUGCAUGGCUUUGGCGGAGGAGUGGGUCUCUGGGCCCAAAACCUAGACGCUCUGUCCCAGCAGAGGCCAGUAUAUGCCUUCGACCUGCUGGGCUUUGGACAGAGCAGCAGGCCUCAUUUCAGCACAGACGCCCAGGAGGCUGAGCUACAGUUUGUGGAGUCCAUAGAGGAGUGGAGGGUAAAACUUGGCUUGGAGACCAUGAUCAUGCUGGGUCACAACUUGGGAGGAUACCUGGCAGCAGCCUAUUCACUUAAAUACCCUUCCAGAGUGAAGCAUCUGAUCCUGGUGGAGCCGUGGGGUUUUCCGGAGCGACCAGAGCCAGGGGACCAGGACAGACCGAUUCCUGUGUGGAUCAAAGCCCUUGGGGCCAUGCUCAGCCCCUUCAACCCUCUGGCUGGGCUUCGACUGGCAGGACCACUUGGCCCUCUUCUGGUGCAGACUCUGAGACCAGACUUUAAGAAGAAAUUUGCUACUAUGUUUAAUGACAACACGGUCACAGAGUACAUCUACCACCUUAAUGUCCAAAGCCCAAGUGGUGAAACCGCCUUCAAAAACAUGACCAUUCCAUAUGGCUGGGCCAAACGGCCCAUGUUGCAGCGCACUGGCCUGAUUCACAGUGACAUCCCCAUUACCGUGAUCUAUGGGUCGCGCUCCAGCAUAGACGGCCACUCUGGCAAUUCAAUCAAAGAAAUGAGGCCAAACUCCCAUGUGGAGAUCAUAGCCAUAAGAGGAGCAGGACACUAUGUGUAUGCUGACCAGCCAGAGGACUUCAACCACAGGGUGCUGCAUGUCUGUGAAACAGUGAGUUGAAGCGCGAAGACGAAGACUUGCAGGGCCUGUAUAGUUCAUCUUGUUUAUCCAGUCUCGGUACAGCCUUGUAUAGAGAUGUGAUCUUCAGACUAGCUCAAGUCAAAAGAGCCAGUAAGAGUGCCUUUAUACUUGCAUACCACAGUGCUGUACUGCCUCUUCAAUGUGUCCUUCAUUUCUUGAUUUAUACCUCUGGAUACUCUGGGCUUUCUGAUAACUGGAAAAUAUGGAGAUAUUUAUUAAUAUAAGUAUUAGGGCUGUCAAAGUUAAUGCAUUGAUUAAUACAAUUACUGCAAAACGCCAUUAAUUUUUGAAUGCUGUUAAUGCGUUUUCCUAGUUUGAUUCUUCCAUAGCAGUGCAAGCUGAAGCCCAGCUGCUCAUACACUGUAUAUUGCAUUGAAAGAUUGUGCUAUUGUAGCCCUAUUGAUCAAAUACAGGUUUGAAAUGGCUUUUAGAGCAAGAUCUUAAGCAUUUUCAGAAGACUAUGCAGACUGUGCUCACAGGAGACCUAUGGAUAAAUCACUGAGCAGCAAACUAACAAAAGCAAUAGCAAGGUGGAAAGCUCCAGUUCCUCUCAAGAGCCUCCACUGUAACAAGAACAAGCUAUAUGAGCAAGAAUGAGAGCAAGAGGCUACAGUUGACUGCAUGUGACAUAUAUAUAUAUAUAUAUAUAUAUAUAUAUAUAUAUAUAUAUAUAUAUAUAUAUAUAAAACACAUUCAUUUUUAAAAACAUGAACACACGGAGGAACUCACUGAAUGUCUGAAGAAAUUUGAAAUCAAAGUCAAGCUUAAUGUGACCCAUACUGACCUUCUAAAAUAUUCCCAUACAGAGUGAUUAGUGUGUCACUUCAUUUUUCAUAUUCUCACCCAACUGUGACAGAAUUACAACAUGAGAAUAACUUUUUUUUGUCCAUAUGUUUGAAAGUCACUGGCCAGCACUGGCCAGCAGUAGUGCAAUAAUUAUUCUCUUGGACAUGUACUGUACUAUGCUGCCUACGGCCAAGAUAAACAUUUAAAAAUAGCACAAAAUUGUGUGUUUUAAUUGCUAAAAUUAAUUCAUAUCAAGGCAGGCUAGUGGGAGCAAUGGAGUACAGCUGCAAAAGUACAUACUUUUAUUGUUUAAAAAAGAAAAAAAUGAACAAAUACAUAAGUAAAUAAAUGACAUUCUCUUGAACUUUUUAAAUCUUGCUUACAUAAUCACAAUAUCUUAUUAGGUUGAUUUCAGCAGUGUCUAAACUAAAGAAGGAACAGAUGUAUCCAGAUGAUGAUUGGUAACCAGGUAACCUGGUCCAAAUUAGACAUUUCAUGAGCUGUAAUAUUUAAGAUAUUUUGUUUUUCUUCUACCUCAUAAAUGACAUAACUGGUGCAACUCUGAAGCAGUUUUCUUCAAAGGAGGCUGGGUGAAGUGACAGUAAACAUGCAUGCUUUGCGCUUUUCUUUGUGCAAUUUAUGUGUACUAUUUUAUGUUUGGUACGCACAACUGAGGUUGGGCAUUUUUGCAAUGCUGAAAUGGCAAGGGAUGGAUUCCAGAGGAUACAUUUAUUCUAGAAUUCUAAAUUCAACAAUGUUUGUAUUUUGUGAACCACUAUAAUGAAAGAUUUAUUUUUAUGUAUUAAAUCUAUUAAGUACGUGACUAACUAUAAUUAGGUUGUCUGCCUGUCCAGUUGGAGUCUGAGUGAGAGUGCAAUUAUUAAUUACUGUGACAAAUUCCCAAUAAAGUGAAAUGGACAAUCUUGUUAUAAAAGAAUAAAAUCUUCUGAGAUAA